UAGAGAUCUUGAGAAAAUUGAAAAACCUAAAGCGGAACUCAAAAAGCAAAAAGAGGGUCACGAGACACUCCUGAAAGGUGAUAUAGUUGAAUUAAAGAAAGGGCUGCAGAGAGAAAAACAGUCCAAAAAAUGA